CCCCCGGAGACGUGCGCAACGGGACCUUUUCCGAGGAAGAGAUCGAGGGGAAGGGAAGAGAAGGGGAGGGAGGGGAAGGCGCCCCCAGAACAGCGGAGGAGAGGCCGGAUGGGGGUCCUCCUCGGGAGGAAGGGCGGGUGGCCCCCCUCGCUCCUGGCAGCCUUCGCCCUGAGCCUUUGCUUCUCCUUGACCGGAGCCUACAUGGAGCUGACAAAUAUCGUGAUGAAUCCAUCUCAGCCGAAGGAAGGGGGGACGGUCCGCCUCACCCCCAGCAUCCUCCCUUAUAAGCCCGUGAGCUGCCGCUGGUACCGACGGGAAAUGACCGACAACAACACCAUCCUGGCCUAUUUCUUCUCCCCGAGCCCUGCAACUAGGAAGCAGCCCAAAUACACCGGGCGAGAGACCAUGAGGCCCGACUGCUCCCUUGAAAUCACACGCCUGAACAUCACCGACACGGGAAACUAUAUAGUCCUGAUAUAUGGCCGUGGGGGAAUUCGGGCGGGGAGCGUGAGGCUUGUGAUCCCAGAUCCAAACGAUCCCAAUGCACAUGGCCGGGGACUCUCCACAUCAAACAUCCUUGCCAUUAUCAUUGGGAGCAUAGGUGGCGUAGGGGUCCUGUGUGUGGUGCUUUUCCUCAUGUACCGUUCCACUCGGUCUUAGCCUGACUUUCAAUACUGUAUCAGAAUACAACGUAAUGAUUAAACCUUUCAAGCUAGGAUGUGAUUAGACCCCUCGUCGUCUUCGGUGACCCUUUAUCCAUAGUUGAUUACGGCCUGAAAGCGUUUUGUUCAAGGACUCGGCAGCAAAGAUAGUUUCCUGUUUGAGAAAUGGAGUUGUGCUUGGGAAGGGGCGGAAGAGAAGCCAGGUUCAGCCCUCCAUCUUUUUCAGAGUUUAAACCAUCGUUUUUAAAAACAAAGCAGUCUCCUUUCAGCCAAUAUGAACCUGGCCUUUAAGUUGGCAGUCUCCCAUCAGCCUGAAAGUGAGGCUGAAUAUUUAUUGCUUCAAGUUUUCUUAAUUGCAGCAAUCAACUUGAUGGCUCUUCCCAGGAGGCAAUUAAAGAUCGUAAAUCUUACAGCACUCAAGCAGGAAUGUACAGACAGACUUUAACAGGUUUCCUUUUGUGAAAGCACCACGUGUAUAGUGGGAUUUUAAAGAAAAAAAAUAUUAAAAUCUUAAUUUUUAUUUGUUGGGUGUUGAAAGCGUAACGGAGAGGGCAUCUCACGGCGGGAGCUAUCUCUACUUGAAGAUCCAACAAAAUGAUUUUCUGCAGACCAACUCUCCUUUCUCUGUCUUGCCCAGAGAUGAGGAAUCUGAAAGGAAAAGUUGAAUUCUCCUCUCACCGCUCACGAUUUCCAUGCUGCUGCCUCUCUCAGCUCUCAACCCAGAAGAAGAUGGGCAGGUUUGACCACCUUGUCUUCUCCUUCCUCCAGGUACUUCUCCCGAAGGAGUUCCGUCAUUUUCUUCAGUCCUCACUCUCAGGAGAGGUAAGGCAGACCAUCGCCUGAGCGGAAAAGAUGACAGCUUUCCAUCUCCAGUGGACGGAUAAAGCCUGAAGAACGGAACACAGCAAAAUAACACCAAGAACCAUCAAGUCAUGAAAAUGGACGGAAAAGUCAGAUUAUUGAAAUCAUAUUGAUCUCGUCCAGGUUCCAGUUGGGACCGUUUGAGAAAUACUCCUCCAAUGUUUCAUUCGCCGCACUGAUGGACCACGCAAUGACAAGGCCUUGCCCACAAAUAAAAUGAAGUAAACACUCCAA